AGUCCUACAGCUGGCCUCAGCAGUUCAGGCCAAAACAUACCACCAUGUUUGUGACAGUACUUCUGUUAUGGCUCUGUGUUUGGUUCAUCAUCCUCCAAUUUAAAUCUCGGAGGCCCAGGAACUUCCCCCCGGGACCCCCUGCCCUGCCCAUACUAGGAAACCUUUUCCAUUUGAACCUGGAGAACCCUUUAAAGGACUUUGAGAGGCUGAACAAGUCUUAUGGAAACGUCUACAGCCUCUUCAUUGGUCCCAAACCAGCUGUAGUCAUCAAUGGGCUGAAGGCCAUGAAGGAGGCCAUUGUGAUCAAGGCUGCUGAUUUUUCAGGACGACCCCAAGACUCACUUGUUAAUGACGUUGUCCAGACAAAAGGAAUUGUUCUAGCAGACUAUGGUUCUGUUUGGAGGGACCAUCGUCGCUUUGCUCUGAUGACUUUGAGGAACUUUGGUCUUGGGAAAAAUUCAAUGGAGGACAGGAUCCAUGAUGAGGUUCAAUACACCAUUAAAACACUGGAAACCAGCAUCGGUAAAACUCUGAGUCCUCAGGUCAUGUUCCAUAAUGCAGCCUCUAACAUCAUCUGCCAGGUUCUCUUUGGUAAACGCUACGAGUACGAUGAUGAGACUAUCAAAACGAUUGUUCAGUGUAUCAUGGCUAAUUUAAAAAUGAUCAAUGGACCGUGGUCUAUGCUCUAUGACUCUCUUCCCAUAAUUCGUACCCUGCCUCUGCCAUUCAGAAAGGUCUUUAAGAAUUAUCAGACUUGUGAGAACAUUGUAAGACAUACGGUAAAUGAGGACAAGAAGACCAGAGACCCUGGAGAGCCGCGACACUUUGUUGACUGCUAUCUGGAUGAACUGGAGAAGAGAGGAGAUCAGGAAACUUCAUUUUCAGAGCAGCAGCUCAUAUCAACGUGCCUCGAUCUUUACGGCGCUGGAACCGACACCACCUCCAACACCGUGCAAACUGCUUUUCUUUACCUGAUGAACUACCCACACAUACAAGAACGGUGUCAGCAGGAGAUCGACCAGGUGUUGGAGGGAAAGGAUCGACCCAGUUUUGAGGAUAGAAACAACAUGCCGUACAUGCAGGCUGUGAUCCAUGAAGUCCAGCGGAUCGCCAACACUGUUCCUCUCAGCGUCUUUCACUGCACGACUAGAGACACUGAGCUGAUGGGAUACUCCAUUCCCAAGGGUACAAUGAUCAUCCAGAACCUGACCUCAGUUCUGAGGGAGGAGGGACAGUGGAAGUUCCCUCACGAGUUCAACCCUGAAAACUUCCUGAAUGAGAAGGGAGAGUUUGUUAAACCAGAGGCCUUCAUGCCUUUCUCUGCAGGUCCUCGGAUGUGUCUGGGAGAGGGUCUGGCUCGUAUGGAGCUCUUCCUCAUCUUGGUGACUCUGCUGAGGAAGUUUAAGUUCAUCUGGCCUGAAGAUGCUGGAGAACCAGACUUUACUCCGGUUUUCGGGAUCACUAUGACUCCCAAACCUUAUCGGAUGAAGGUCCAGCUGAGAUCAGAGCAGUGACCAGUGGCCUUAGAUGAAGAUUAAGUUGAAUUCAAUAGUAAAAAUAACUAUUUUUGAUAAUUACCUAAUUUACAUGCUACUCCUGGCAAUUGACAACAUACCAAUCAAAAAAAAAAAAAAGCAUUGUGGAGACGAAACACUGCAACAAUGAUGUUUGCAGAUUUUGCACCAGCACCUUUUGUGUAUUUUCUGUACUCAUUACUCAUGUGUUCGCUACAGGAGAAGUAAAUUCAGUGGUCUGUUUUACAGCUGUUAGUGACCACAGAAGGAAGGAACAUGGGCUGAGGUGUUCCACAUGCUCCAGAUUUCUAUCUCUGCAUUUUGGUGUAAGACCAGUAAGUUGUAAGUGUAUAUUAAUGCAUCUGAAUGACCAAUGAAGUUGCUCUCAUUUACACAUUUUCUCCUCCUUUUGUGAGUAACUGCCUGAAAAGCAACUCAUUACCACUACAUGUCAAGCCAUGAUCAAGUCGCUCUGCUCCAAUAAAAUCCUGAUUUUGUAAGCU